CCAAUUUUUAGUGACUGAAAAAUAUUUCUUCUGUUUUUCUUUCCGAAAGGAACAGUUCGCGAAAAAAUGCUUUAGACGUUGCUAUGGUUUCCUGUGUCAAUUGUUUUCCUUUUUUAAGAAUACUGUCAAAAACAAAAGUCAAAUAAUUAUGUUUAUUGAAAAUCACAGGAAUAUUAAUUUAACAUUAAAGUAAAAUUCCAAUAAUCUAUGUGCAUCUAAGAUGAAAUUUUCCAUUAGUGAUAAUGUCAAGAAAUUUUACCCUACAUCAGAAGAAUGUAGGGUAAAUAAUAACGUAGUAUGCACAGAGGAGGGUUGUUCUAGUGUGUUUAUAUCUGAGUCUAAUCUCAAUUUACAUUUAAUGAAGACCCAUAAGAAAACAAAUUUAAAUACGUCCGAUUCAUUUAAAAAACAGUAUUUCUGUCCAGAAUUGGGCUGUGCCUAUAAUUGCGAGAAGUAUUUUAAAGAACUAAAGAGCUUACGUGCACAUUAUAUGACGAAACAUAUCCCAGAAGAAUUUAAGUGUAUGAGUUGUCAAAAAAUGUUUUCUUUGCAAAAAAACUUGAGCCGCCAUGCUGAAUAUUGUGGCGUGGACUUCACUUGCCCAACAUGCAAGAUAGCUUACCCUUUAUAUGAGUCUUUGCAGACUCAUGGAAGAAGAAAGAAACAUUUUAUUCCCAUUAAGAGUGAAUUUAAAUUAAAUAGAAAUAAAUCAGAACCUAUCAUAGAAGUACCUACAUGUCGACCUGUAUUGCCAAAAAGUUCUUUUAGCGUUAUAAUAUUUCCUACUACUGGAAAUACUAUGUUUAGCCAAGAAAGUCAAACUUAUAACCGUGUACCUAAAUAUAAAAGUAAAAUGACACAGGUUUGCCAUGAGCUAGAAUUAAAACAAAAUGAUAAACAAACACAAAUUGGAUCAGCAAAUAAAUUUCUCUCAGUUGAAACUCAAACUAUAGGGGAUUAUAAUAUUGUACCUAAAAAAUCUAUUUUUAUUGAUGAUUUAUCUCAAAAAAAUUCAAGCACACUGACAGAUGUUGUGGAAUCCAAACACUCUUCUUGUAAUACUUCUUUCAAUGAAGAAGAUUUUCCUAUGAAAGAUAUUGAGACAAGCAAUUCUGGUACUCAAACUGGCAAUAGUGUAGAUAAUAAUAAUUGUUCAUCAUCUACAAAUACUCACAAUUCCAUAUAUACGGACACUUCAGACUUGCUUAGCGAAACUUUAAAUGUAAAUAUGGGCAGUUUUGAGUUUGAUAAUUGCAAUAUGGAAACUCAAACUGAUUUUAUUUUUGAUGAUGUGAUGUUUGGUUAUGAUUUAAUGAGCAACAUGUACACUCAAACUUGUGAUCAGAUCUUGACAGACUUAGGUUUUAGUAAUAUUCAAACUCAAACUGCUAUAGAUGAUAUGUUAAAGUCUGUGGAAAGUCAAACUGUGAUGUCUAGAAAGCGGCCUGAUAUUGGAGAUAGAGAUAUGAUGCACAUGGAGACUCAAACGGACAUGGAGUUUAGAGAAAUGUUAGAAGUUAUCAAUUCAUGACUAUAACUUAUUUACACUUGUUUGCAUAAAAUUUUAGAUUGUUACUAAAUUAAGUAGUUCAUGUCGAUGUAAUCAAGAUUCUACAUUUUAUUGAUAGAAUGUUUAUAUUUCUUGUCAGUAAAAUACAUGUUUUAUGAUAUUUCUGG